CUGGGUCAGGAGCUGGGGCUGCUGCCUCCAUUGUGAGCCGGACUGAGCCGCCGCUGGCGCUGUGCUGGGGAGCCCUUCCGUACCACCCCUCUGUGCCCAGCCAGGGGGACUUCCUCUGCGGGCUGAAACUAGCCCCCGGGCUCUAUCGCCACCAGCCCCUGAGCCGCAGACUCCAGAGGACACCCUGAUACCUGCUCACAACCCUUCCAGGGGCCCCCAGAUCCCUGGUUGAGAACCUCUGCUGUAUUGCAUAGGUCAGAGAAGAUCACCCAGUGAUUACUGCAUUGAGGCCAAUAAGGUGUGGCUGAGCUAGAGAGUUCUCUUUUCUCUUCUAAGAAAGAGCAGGUGACAGGACUGUGAGUGACAACAAAGCAAGAGAAUCUUCAAAGUCUUGCUGGAGAGGAACUGCCUGAGAUGUUUCCAAAACGAUCCAAAGGAAAUGUAUCUCAGAAACUAGACCAGGGAAAAUCCCUCAAGAGUCAGGGUAGGUCAGAAGCACAGCAGCAAAACCCUUCAGAGGAAAGAGAGGGUAAAUCCACCCACCGUGGGAGAGGCGUGAGAAAACGCAAAGACACUAUCGUCCGCCAGAGAACAUAUGCAGGGGAAAGGCCCAACAUCUGCAUCGAGUGUGGGAAAAGCUUCACCCAGAGCUCAGACCUUACGAAUCAUCGGAGAAUCCACACAGGGGAGAAACCUUAUAAAUGCAUUGACUGCGGGAAAAGCUUCAGCAUCAAUUCAAACCUUAUCCGUCACCAGAGAACCCACACUGGGGAGAGACCCCACAGCUGUUCUGACUGUGGGAAAAGCUUCACAGACAAAUCGACCCAGACCCAGCACCAGUGCGUCCACAUGGGUGAGAAGCCCUAUAAAUGCAUUGACUGCGGGAAGAGCUUCAGCCACAGCUCCCAUCACAAGAGGCGCCUGAGGAGUCCUCCAGGGAAGAAGCAGGACAAAUGCACCCAGCGGGACAGCACUGCCAUUGGGAAGGUUAAAAAAACUAAAACCUCAAAGAAGAAAACCUCGACCAUUGAGAUCCCCAUCACGUGUGCCGAGUGCUGGCAAAGCUUCAGCCAGAACUCGGACCUGGUCAAACACAUGAGGAUCCACACAGGAGAGAAACCCUAUGAGUGCACUCACUGUGGGAAAUGCUUCAAUGUCAGUUCAAACCUGAUCAGACACCAGAGGAUCCACACGGGAGAGAAACCCUACACAUGCUCUGACUGCGGGAAAAGCUUCACUGACAAAUCUACCCUGACCCAGCACCACCGGAUCCACACGGGAGAGAAACCUUAUGAGUGCAUUUACUGUGGGAAAAGCUUCAGCCGCAGCUCCCACCACAAGAGGCAUCAGAGAACCCACACAGGAGAGAACCCUGUGUCCUUCCUGCCUUUAUGGCCCUACCCCACUCAAGCAUGUUAGGAGUUUGGGGGAGGGAAGAAAAGUCCAUCAUAGCAGUAGGAGGCAGUAGCUAGAGGAGAUUGGAGCUGUGUGCUUGUGGGAUCUGCUUUCUGGUUAGUGGGGUGGUGAGUAGUGGGAGGGUACUGGUAUGGCUUUUUAGCAGGGAUCGUUAGGGGAGGGUGCUGGUUUUUGGGAUAAUUGGUUGUUUUAGUGGUUGGGACUAGGGCUGGUCAGUGAUGGGCUGGUGUUGGGGAGGGCAAGUAGCUGGUAGGAUAAGUGUGUGUGUGUCGUUAAAUGUUUACUAUUGGCCUGUGUGGAACGGAUUGUAGGUUUCUUGCCAUUUCCAGGUAGGAUGAGAACACCAGCAGGACUAACCCAGACUGGACUCACUAUGGUAGAGGCCACCGGGACUGAGUGGGAUGCUAGAAGUGGCUCUCCCAGGAGAGGACUGUGGCACAGCUUUCAUACUGUGUGUACCAAGGGCCUCUCUCCAGCAGCAGCACAUUCACAUCUAUUUAACUAGUUUCGGUCAAAGGCAAAUGAGGCCAGCUCCCUCUCUGGUGUUAGAACAGGAAAGUCUCAUUUCUACCUUAAACAGACUGCUCAGUUACUACCAUUCCCUUCCUUUCUCUUCUGGAAUAGACAUUGCUGUGCUAGCCCAGCAGUUAUACAUGGGGACUUUGUAUGCACUGUAGAACAAAUA